CAUGUCGAGAACGUGAAGCUGAGACAUCGACGAGCCUCUGACUCUUCUCCCCGAUGUCGGCGUGUGAGGAGAGCGAGCGCGGCCAGCAGGAAGCCCCGUCAGGAAUUUCGGUCAAGAUCAGCCCCGUCAGGAGGCUCUGCAGGAUAGAUUCUGGUGAGGGUGAGGCCGGAGGUGACGAAUCCCAGGUCGAGAGCGUCGUGGCCUGUCCUUCGGUCCUUCGCCAGUUAAGUGGGCAGUUACGCGCUCCUACGAGAGGCGUGCGUGGGGGCGGGCGCGCUCUGCCAUCCCUAGCGACCAUCAGGAGCCGUCUGGUGUCACGCCCCUACUGGCGCCGGUGCCUCUGCUCCUCCACCGAAGUGCCAACCAUAAGCGAGAGGGAACUGGCACCUCUUUUGGCCCUCACGCCGGCACACCGAUUCAUAGUCCUGGUUGUCACAAAUACCAACGCUGACAGUCUUGGUUCCGUGGUAGUUGGCGGCGAGUCCUUAGUGCAGGCCGUCUACACCACCCAGAACGUGGCAGGUCUUCGGCCGUGCCUGCAGAGCCCUAGCGAACCGUCCCUCGCCUUCAUCAAGUACGACCUCGCCAGACCCAGGGCCAGGCGGAGAGAUAAGAAGGUUUCCUCAACACAAACCCUUCUCAACGCGGGUCACCUCAAAAUCGGCAUGGUCUUGAUCUAUCAGAAGACCCGGAUGCUGUACUCUGGCUUCCCCCUUGCAAGCUACGGCUGCAGGAUGCAAGAUUUCCUGGGUUUCAUAUCCAAGCACACGCAAUACAACUUCAAAUUAAGAGCAGGUUUUCCAGAUGCUCCUCUCUCCGCCCCCGCUGGGCAGACCGACCUAUCUGCAGCCGCCUCUUAGCACCAGGGAGAUGAAGACCCAUGCCAAGAACCCUUUUUUUAUAACUUCCUUAUUUUCGUUUUCUUUGUCUUUCUUUCUUUUUUUAAGAAUCCUUUGAUGAUAUUUCCUCAGCCCUUGCUUUAAUCAUCUUUAUCUUUCCUUUUCAAAAACUCUCCUUAUAUGCGAGUUAUUUCCUUUCCUAUAACAACUCUUAUUUCUCCGUUUGUUACGCAGACCGACCCUUUCAGAUUUACAUAUCUUUUCGUUGUAUCCUCUGCGUAUUAGUUUAACUUUGUGUGUGUUUAAUCGUUUCCACGCGCUCCGUCAUCCAAGGAUUCAUUUGCUAUAGAAACAGCUCAUGUGAAUUUCAUCUCUAGAUAUAACCUAACAUGAACUAUAUCAAUCCCUGUUACGAAUGUACUGUACAUGUCACAAUUUCCUUAUAGUAUGUGACUUCCUGUUUGGUGUCCGCCGGUUCCUUGAAAGCGGGAUGUCAUAUAGCGAAGUUGUUAAUUCCUUUUUAUCGUAUGAUAAGAUCUCUUAAAAAAAAACAAAUAAACAUGUUCAGUCUUUUCUUGGCAAUAAAAGGUAAUCCUUAUCAA